AUGCCUGAAUCCAACCACCGAUUGUACGUUAAGGGAAAGCACCUUUCAUACCAGAGGGGCAAGCGCAACACCAACCCUAACACUUCCCUCAUCAAGAUCGAGGGCGCCGACAAUCAGAAGGAUGCCACUUUCUACUGUGGAAAGAAGGUAGCCUUUGUCUACAGGGCCUCGAAGGAAAUCCGUGGAACCAAGAUCAGAGUCAUCUGGGGCAAGGUCACCAGGCCACAUGGAAACAGCGGUGUUGUUCGCGCCAAGUUCCGCCACAAUCUCCCCCCCAAAUCCUUCGGUGCCUCCGUCCGUAUCAUGCUGUACCCUUCAAACAUCUAA